AUGCCACGUAAUCAGAUCAUCAUUUCAACAGUGAUUUUGUUGAAGAAGUUCGAAACCAAGACACUGGAAUCGACGAACGCAUUCGCACUUCAAGCGGCCAAUACAUCAACAUCCGCAACAUCGAACACUGCCGCCGCAUCCAAUAUGAACGUGAUGCUGGGUGGUGCAAAUACACUGAGCGCUGCAUCUGCAGUCUCCGCAUCAACCCUCGACUCGUCGGCGCUCUAUCAAGCUCAAGCAGCGAGCAUAUCCCAGGUUUCGUUGAAUUUAAAUUGUCAAUUUGAUUCAACUUCACAGUUUCUACCUCAUAGUUUCUAUUGGCAACUAUCAAUUUCUGAUACGUCAUCAUAUAUUAUUAAUUACAAUCGUGAUAAUAAUCCAUCAGAACAUUAG